AUGUUCCGUUCUAUCCCAUCGCCCUUCUUGCUCGUCAGAGCUUGCGUAUACGUCCUUGUUUUGUUGUGGAGCAUCGUUUGCUUGGCUAUCGCGGCGCACUUCCAGGCUAUCUUGAGCGCCUCCGAUCUCACUCGUUUCGUCCCUUUUGCGAUCUUCGUGUCGUGUGCCAGUCUCGUGGUCAUAUUCACGGUCUUGAUGUUCAGUAUCCGGAAGAACAUGAAUCCCGUUUCCACGAGACUGGAAUUGGCCUGUUUGGGCCUCGCAGGCACUUUCUGGCUCGCUCUUGGGGCCUUCCUCGCAUCCUCCGACUCUGAGGACGCGGAUGUAGAAUGUUUUGUUUCGGAUACGGACACCCCCGUCGAUGUUCCCGGAUUUACAACCGAGACAUAUCACGCCCAAUACCGAGUCCUCGAGGCGUUUGCCUUGUUCAACGUGGUUUUAAUCUGGGGCUUUGGGCUCCUCCUCUUCGGACUCGCCUUGAGGCAUUACUUCAAAGGCACCCGUCAGAUCUGGCUCGUUCCCGUCACCGGCGUCAACUGGUUCGCCUCGUCCCAACCCAAACGCACCGCCAGCGGGAGACUUCCCGCUCCCGUCACAUCCCGUCAGCGCUCCGUCACGAAACCUUCCGCUGCGAUCAUGCCGUCCAAUUCACGCAGGACGACGACGGAGAAGGCUACGACGAGGCCGACUCAUAAGCGGGAGAACUCGGACGCUCCUGUGUACUAUGUUUAUAUGGAUAAGGCGAAACAGCAGCAGCAACAGCAGCAGCAGCAGCCUUCGUCGGCGGCGAGGAGACCUAGUGAGCGGAGUCAGGAUCGUGGGAGGGAUCGGGUGCAGAGGGGAGACAGUGGUCGGUCUGGGAGGGAUCGAGUGCAGAGGGGGGACAGUAGUCGGUCGAGGACGAAGCAGGAUGCGGAUUAUUGGCGCCGCGAUGUUUCGCCUAGAAGAUGA